AUGUCCGUCACAGACGAUACUCUAAAACCUCUAGUAGAUAGAUUAGUAUCCCAACCAUUGCAAUUUAAAAAAGCUACAAUGAAGGACAAGGUCAUGGCAGAUAAUUCUUCGUAUAUCGUGAUUGGAAAUAAGGCUAGUGCUACUACUAGUAUUAUGUCAAAUAAUGGAACAGGUGAUAUAAAUUCCGUUAGGGAGGUUAACUUAGACGAUUCUAAUGGGUCUAAUUUAUCUCGCCGUAAGGUUCCUUCAUCUUUACAAGAAGCUUUACAGUUUUACGCAUCAAGUUCCACUACUAAUAAUAAUACUGUAAGAACAUCGGCUACAAAAAGAACUGAAAAUCAAGAUUUAGCAGAUACUGAGUAUCAAAUGACUUCAGGGGUUAAUGACGAGGAUAAUGAAGGUAUUAAGGUAAAUAAUGAAGCUUCUGAUAUGACUUUCGAUAGUGGUUUAAGUCGUGUUCGUUGUUCCGAUGAUGACGAAGAAUACUACGAAGCUAGGGAACAUCAACAAAGAGAUGAAUUUACAGAAAAACAAAGCAAUGGUUUAGAUCAAGAAAAUUGGGUAAAUUCGGAUGAAGAUGUUGGAGAAGAAAUGGAAUCCAGUAGUCAUUCAUCCACAGGAGAUUCUACUGUUUUACCAAGUGGUACAGUUGAAUCGUCAUCAUCUACAGAUGAAGACUACGAUCCUAGAAAGGAUGUCGAGAAAGAAGACGGAGAGGAAGAGGAGGAAGAGGAAAGUGACGGUGGUUCUGAUAUUAGCAUGUCAUCUCAGAAGUGUAUUUACUCAAAAAGUGUAGAUACGGAUGAUGAUGAUGACGAAGACGAAGAAGAGUCUGCAGCGUUGGGUAGUGGUGAUGAAGCGGUUAUUAGAAAAGGUCAUUCUACGGGCUUAGAAGCCAUUGAAGAAGAUGAGGAUAUCCUGAGGCAUAAGAAGGCGAGCCCAAAUAGGUAUAGCUCACCUACUCCUCCAACUACACUUUCUGAUAUAAGUGAUUUUUACCAGUGUAAUGAGAACGAAAAUGACAGGGGUACCAACAAACCUCACAGAAUUGUGAAAAACUGGGGCGCUAACCUCUCUUCCUCGAGACCUAAAGGAUUAUUGAACCAUGGUGUCACCUGUUAUCAAAACGCAGCAAUACAGGCUAUGUUACACAUACCUGCUCUUCAGCAUUACCUUUUUGACAUCAUACAAGGCAAGUAUAACGGAAUCAUCUCUCAGAACUCUGUCUCUCAAGUCUUCGCAGAAACCUCUAAGAGGAUGUGGGCCGCCGAAACCAACAGUGAUAAACCAUCUUAUAUAAAUCCGAAGAAGUUGAUCUCUAGAUUGGAAGACAUCAACUGUAUGAUGAGCGUGUGGAAUCAGGAAGACUCACACGAAUACUUCAUGUCCUUGAUGUCGCGUUUACAAGAAGAUUCCGUCCCUCGUGGUCAUAAGAUGACUGAAUCUAUCAUUUAUGACAUAUUUGGGGGCAUGUUACAACAGCGAGUGGAAUGUAAGUCAUGCGGCGGGGUAUCUAUCACCGAGCAGCCUAUCUACGAUCUAUCAUUGCACUUAAAGGGGAAGAAAUUAACAAAGAGCGAUGACCAGUCGAUCGGUGAGGGCGGCAACCAGCAUAGCUCAAACUGCUCGACAGUGAACGGUGAAGACGCGCCUAUGCCGAAACGCCGCUACUCUAUCGAAAAGUCGAUUAGGGACUUCUUCAACGCAGAGUUAAUUAAAAAAGUUGACAACAAGGAAGGAUAUGUGUGUGAGAAAUGUAAAGCAACCACAAAUGCAAUUAAGCGUAACAUGAUCUUAAGGGCACCAGAAACGCUGCUAGUCCACUUGAAAAAGUUCCGGUUUAAUGGCACCUCAUCUUCGAAAAUGAAGCAGGCAGUUUCCUAUCCGAAAUUCAUGGAUUUAACGGAGUACUGCGUUGACUCUGAGAAGUCUCUCCCUGUGAAAUACGAAUUAAUCGGUGUUGUUGUGCAUGAAGGCCGCUCUCUGUCUAGCGGGCAUUAUAUUGCUCACUGUAAGCAACCUGAUGGUACCUGGGCAACAUACGAUGACGAGUACAUCAAUAAAAUAACGGAAAGAAAUGUUCUUAAAGAGGUCAAUGCUUACUAUCUGGUAUACACAAGAUUGACACCAAAAGCUGUGAACUGGACCCCUUUAGAAGAUUCCGCGCAAACGUCCGCCAUAAGCACCGCAUCUAUAGCUUCUGCCGAUAACAAUGCUAACAACCGGAAGAAACAUAAACAUAAGAGCAAGAAGAGAAAACUAAACAAAAACUAA